AUGAUUCGGCAAGCCUGCAGAAAAUCCAUCGGAGGCAAAGCACCGAGAAAGGGAUUGAAGACCAGAGGUCAGCAAGGUAUGGACACAGUACUAUCCAUGGAUCAUGAUUUGGAUAUGGAAGAGCUUGCGGAGAGACUCAAGAACGUGGUGAAACUGAAGGAGAAAUUUUCAUCGUCAAUCAUGAUGGAAGGCCACAACGAUGAACAACUUUUGGUGGAAUAUAUCAACACAAAAUAUGGCCCAGUGGAUGAUUUAGUAAAAUAUUGGAUUUACAUGGACCUAAAAAAGAAGAGAAUGCCUUCUUCUUUGAAUGAUAUAUUGACUCGGAACUCACAAGCCGUGUUGAUUCAUGAUUUGAAAAAGCUGAGCCUUGAUCUCAAGUAUGAGAUUUUGAGCUUUUUACCUACAUAUUCCAGAAGAAGUACAUUUGAUCCUCCUUGUGAUGGCAAUGUAAAAGACUCAUUCAUCGACCUUGAAUUUAAAAUUGAUGAGCCGAUUGUCACAUACCAUAAAUUGAGAUCAAUUAAUAAGGAAAUGAAUCGAAGAAUGGUUAGAAGACUACUUACCCUGAAGCAUCUACGCAUCUGUAGACCUUUAAAGAAGCAACAUUGGCCCAAGUUGAUACAAUUGUUGCAAUUGCAGCAUUCUCAACAAGACCAUAUCAUCAACAAUCGACCUAUUGAUCUAAUCUAUCUUUAUGAAUCAAACGAUGGGAAUUCCUCAAACGUUACGAAUAUUUGGGAUAGUGGUUUUUACCCAGGUGCGACAUAUAACUCAUUUCAGCACAUGAAUACGCAUAGUAAUUGGAGAUCGCAAUCAGUGAAUGGGAAUGUGGGAUCUGUCUGCGAAGAAGUAAAAGGGAAGUCAGUGGAGAACAUUUUCACGAGAAUAGAUCAAGAAAAUUUGGAACAGGAAUUGCUUGAAAGAUAUCAACAAAAUCGUUCCAAUCACACAAAUGGAGUAAAUGAUACAACCUCCUUCUCUGAAACUGGACUGCAUACCUUCCCUCUUAAGGACAUAACAGAAGAAAAAAACCUUUAUUCAGAGGCAUUAUGUGAGCACAAAGAAGUUCUGGACUACAAUUAUGGAUAUCCUAACAUUGAAACAUUUGAAAAUCACACCAUUGAAAGAAUAUCCAUUUAUGUUGACAAUGUAGAUUCAUGCACUCUUUUGAACUCUUUAGUUUCAAGUUGCAAGAUUUUGAAAAGUUUAGACAUGCUCUUAACAACAGAUGUUGUCUUCAAUUACAAUUUAAAUUUACAAAGCGAUUCACUAGAAUACAUUCGCAUUUUGAAUAGUUCAAUGGAAUAUAAUUCAAUGUAUUGGACGAGUUUUAUAUCCAGUAUACUGAAUCCUCAGCUUUUGCCUAACCUUAAACAAUUGAGUUUUGAGCCGUUGGCACAAUUAGAUGCUACUACAACUACCUUUCCCGUAUUUCACAUGUUUCAUACAGCAAAUGUCAAUGUUAAGCGCAAGAAAGGAAGUGAAAUAACUCUUGUUCAAAAUUUGGUUGCUGGUCAUGGUCAUGAUUUAGAUGUUUUAAUUAUUCUUGCAUGUGAUUUGACGCUACAAGAUGUAAAAGAAUUGGUUGAUCUUUUUGGAGCUGACUUGCUAUACGAAUGCCAAAUUAUCCACCAACUCAUUUACAACGAAAGUCAAGACAUGUUAAAAGCAAAAGCUAUUGCAGAGCACAUCUUUGGCCAUUUGUUAACUCCAUUGAAUUUGAGUUCAAUUUUUUUGAUGACAAGUCCAAAAUCACAUGCAUUGCUACAAUACUUGAUUUAUAUUGGUGAAGAAUAUCAGAGUGGAAUGUUAAUGAAUGCUCAAAAACAUAUGGAUGUUAUUCGCUCGAACACGAUUUUGACCGCUGCAAUCUAUGGUUGGAACAUUUCCACUCAACUCAGACAUUUCCUUCCUUUGGCUAUUCUUACCACCAAUGCUCCAUCCAUAAUCGUUUCCACUCUCAAAUAUUUUCAUGUAGAUGAGCAAGACAUUGAGUCACUUGUGGUGAACUGUUGUUACCAGUCUAAGAUUGAAGUUUUGAAUGAUUUAGUGUACUACCUUUCAAAGAGAAAGAGAGAUUUACUUUAUCGCUUACUUGUGAAAAAGAUCAAGCGAUCAGCUCCUUCAAACAAAGAGUUUGUGGUUACUGUUCCAAUUAUGACACUCCUACUUGAUAACAAUUGUAACAGUUACUUGAUGGUUAAAAUAAUAGAAAACAUGGACCAGCAACUAUUUGACUCUAUUGGAGCGAAUGAACGGGGUGACACAAUUUUGCACUUGUAUCUUCUGUUGAGCAGCAAAACAGACUACAAUGUGCUGUUCGCAUUAAUCAAGAAAGCACCGGGUCUUGUUAACCAUGUUAACUGCCAUUUGCAGACUCCUCUUCAUUUGUGCCUAUUUGACUGUCACUCGUUUGUGUUUGGCGAGCUAGCCAAGCUUGGUAAUGUCGAAUCGAAGGAUUACAUGGAAAGAAGCGCCACACAUAUUGCAAUGGAAUCAACACAUAACAUUGGUCGUCAGUUUGUGGAUGAUUUGAAAAAGGGCCAUAAAUCACGUCAUUAA